GAAAGUGAAUAACCGAGUCAGAUCAAUUCUGGACGGCGAACGGUAAACACACAGUAUUGUGCACGAUCAGCGUCGCAGUCGAUAAACAGCUGUUUUACGUUACGAGAAAAGUGCACCGCCAGUGAAAAUCGUUAUAUUUACACUUUGGCAAGUCAAAGCGAAGACCAUUGUGUGCCUGUGUACAUUUUAGAUUCCACCGUGUGUAGUGGGAAAAUUGUAUUUAGUUACAUUCGAAAUUGCCAUCGUUAAUUGAUAACAGCACACAGCGGCAGCGAAUGAGUUGCCGAACAAGAUUCGGGUGAAUAAUUUCCGUUUAACCUGUUACUAAACCGAGAGACCAACGCCGAUUAAACGAAGACAAGGAAAAAAAACGACAGCAGACAUUAAUUAUUUUUUAAAGUGCCAUUCGUAAACGAACUGUUAAUUUUUUUUUUUUUAGUUUUUGAAACAAAAAAGUUACAAUCAUUAUCACGUAGUUUCGUCACAAAUUUUUAAAACGAUUUACAAUUGUGAAUUCUGCAUCUUUGUUUUUCGAGUGUACGGUGCAACAAUAAAUCACUUGCAGGAAAAAAAAGAUAUUAUAACAGUAACAGCAGAAAAUAAAACAGAGGAAAGGAGAUACAAAUAUAAGGCACACAACGUGAAAAAGCACAAUUUAAAGCGAGCGAGAAAAAAAAACACCGCAUCGGUAAAACGAACGAAAAUCUCUUGGCUUAAUAUUGGUUUUAUUAAUGUCAGUAGCAUGAAGUUAACAGUGAAACUUGUGUUGUUGGUCACCUUGUUCUGUUUCGGCGUGCAUGGAAUACCGACGACCGAACCAUCGAAAACCGCCAUCAAAAAUAGCGAGCACAUCGAAGAAGAUGACUCGGAUAUGUUGAUGGAACCAGAUGAAUACCGUCCAACUGCGUUAAUAUCACCGCAUGCAACGGCCGGCUAUUUUCAGUCGGGUGAAUUUCGCUCGAAUGAAUUUCGAUCCGGCGAAUAUCGUGGAUUAUCGCCUGAAUAUGUGCAUUUAGAGAGACCGGUGCCUCAACGAAUCCGUUCAAUUGAAGAUACCCGCACUCCAACGCAGAACAUUUUCCCGCCAUCGUUUUUCCGUAAUGUUCCGCCGUUGGGCCAUUCAAGACCAUAUAUCCACAGUCAAGAAAGCGGCUCAAGAUACGGCAGUGGUCGAAGUUUCGAUCAAUCGAUUCUUGGUUCGGGUGAUUUUGGUGUGAUUCGAGGUGGAACAUUCUAUCAAGACGAUGAUCCACCGGUGCGCAAUAGCUAUGAAAGUGAUGAAUUUUUAAAUUACUUCAACAAUAAUGGCCAUGGACGUCCCCAUACCUCAUUUAUUCCGAAAACAUUCUUCCCAGACGAACAAUUCUCGAAUUUCCGUGACUUUGCCGACAUUAACACACCAACCGAUCCAGCCUAUUCUCAAUUUGUCGUAGUUUAUGCCAAUAAAAAUUCAACAGAAUCGCAUCCAAAUCCGAAAAAUAUCAUCGAACAAUUGCAAUUGCUCGACAAGGAAACAACCGACGAACAGCGAACAGAGAAGAAAAAUAGUAUUAGUAAAUUUAAGAAGAAAUUAGCAAAUACAAAGUUAGAGAAGAAAUAUAAAAAGAAAAUCGGUACAAAAGACAGUAAUGCUGACUUUGAGCCUCUCUUAGCACUAAGUUAAGCAUAACGUUUCGCCUGAGA